CCUGUAGGAAUCCACCUUUCAGCCAAUGACCGAUGAGGAUACUUUUUCAAACCGGCCAAUCAGAAGGCUCGUUGGUGAGAGGUCACUGGAGAGAGUGAAUGGUGGCGGUUUGAAACGGAGACAGGGAAGAGUGGCCGGGAAAAAUAAAGAAAGAACACGAUGACUGGCUCCAACGAAUUUAAGCUAAAUCAAGCCCCUGAGGAUGGAAUAUCAGCGGUCAAGUUCAGCCCAAACACUUCCCAGUUCUUACUGGUUUCCUCCUGGGACUCUUCUGUCCGCCUCUAUGAUGUUCCUGCAAACACCAUGAGGCUGAAGUACCAGCAUGCUGGUCCCGUCCUGGACUGUGCUUUUUAUGAUCCUACACAUGUGUGGAGUGGAGGAUUGGAUCGUCAGCUAAAAAUGCAUGACUUAAAUACAGAUGGAGAUACGAUGGUUGGGAGCCAUGAGGCUGCCAUCCGAUGUGUAGAAUUCUGCCCCGAGGUGAAUGUUAUGGUGACGGGUAGUUGGGACCAGACGGUGAAGUUAUGGGAUCCGCGGACGCCUUGUAAUGCUGGAACGUUUUCCCAGCCUGAUAAGGUGUACACGCUGUCUGUGUCUGGAGACAGGCUGAUUGUGGGUACUGCUGGUCGAAGAGUGUUGGUAUGGGAUCUCCGGAACAUGGGCUAUGUGCAACAGAGACGGGAAUCCAGUCUGAAGUACCAGACCCGAUGUAUCCGUGCAUUCCCCAACAAGCAGGGUUACGUGUUAAGCUCUAUUGAAGGAAGAGUUGCUGUUGAGUAUUUGGAUCCAAGCUUGGAGGUCCAGAAGAAGAAAUAUGCCUUUAAGUGUCACCGGCUGAAGGAGAACAACAUUGAGCAGAUCUAUCCUGUGAACGCAGUGUCCUUCCACAGUUUACACAACACCUUUGCCACAGGUGGCUCAGAUGGUUUUGUUAAUAUUUGGGAUCCUUUCAACAAAAAGCGUCUGUGCCAGUUCCACCGCUACCCUACAAGUAUUGCGUCCCUGGCCUUCAGCAACGACGGCAGCACUCUGGCAAUUGCUGCCUCCUACAUGUACGAAAUGGAUGACAUUGAACACCCCGAAGAUGCUAUCUUCAUACGCCAAGUGACAGACGCUGAGACAAAGCCCAAGUGAGGCAGCUUCACCUGCCUUUCCUCCCCCUGCACCAAGAUUUUUUAUUAAUUUUCCUUUGCCUCAUGAAUAGCGUUAUUGAUGUUAAGGGGAGAUAACCAUGGCUGACUGUAGGGCUGGGGGAGAUUUUAUCACAUCUCCCAAGCUUUCAAUAUCCGUCAGUUGAUAGACGUCUGACAGAUAAAAUUAUGCUCAGUUGUUUUAUACAGAAGCGUGUCGACCUCCUCUGCAUUUCUUGCCCUUCAUUAUUUCACCUGGAGGACUCCUCUGACUGACUUGCCUUCUAAUGCAGUUAUGAGAUUGACUUUCUGUUGGUUACAGUAUUUAUGUUCCCUCCUAUUUUGUCAUUCUUAUCUUUUCUAAUGUUUUUAUUUCAUCUGUUUUUCUGUAUAUAAUACAUCACUUUCCCUUACAUUGAGGGUUUUGUCUGUAAAUAAGCCCAUCUGUUGCAUAAGCAAUAAAUAUAGAAACAUGUUAGGAACUGUUUUCUUUAUG